GAUUGUAGUGAUGAGUCACAUCUUACUGCAUGGAGGCGAUCACUUCAGAAGGUGCUGCAAAAUGGUUUGUUAGUGAUUCAGUGGUUUACUAGUGGUACUUUUGCCUUUGUCAGAGCAUUGGGGCACCAAGUUUUAUAAUGCCCAUUAAGAAUCAAGAUGAUGAAACAAGUGCGGUGGAGGCACAAGUGGCUGUUUAAUGGCGUCAGGGCGACUCCCUACUCAUUAUUUCGCAUCAUAAAUGGGAUUGCGGCUAAGGUCGCAAUCUUGUAUUAAGAAUAGUUUUAGAGAUAACCUUAUGAUCUAUUCAGAUAUCUGCAAAUGAUGGGCAGUUUAAUGGUAUGAGAAGUACCUGCAGAAGGAGUUAGUCUUCUCUAGAAGAGAUUUAAGAUUUUGAUAUUUUCCAAUGACUGGCACCACAAUAGGAAAUUGCUUGAAGAUGACUUGACAUCAGUCGAAGCAGAAUGGGAGCUGAGGAAAGUCGACUGACUUCAAUGUCAGAUGUUGCUGGAGGACAUGGCAGUGUUUCGAGGUGCCGCAGCUCAUCUACCCAGUCAUAUUUCAGUUUGCACGAAGACACAAAACCGUGGACCUUGCUUCAUCAGUGCACUUUGCAAGAAUGGAAAGGUGGACAUGCAGAUGCAGCAGGCUUCAAGGAGAAGGUCUUGGCAUGUGAAGGUGCUCUCCACAAAGAUUGUAGCCAUGCUUUUUGCAUCAACCGCCAAGGUAUCAUCAACAUCAACAAAUCCUCACACAUCUUCAGUUUCAGAAAAAGGAGCAAAUUUACCAAGAUGGCAGAGCACUUUGAAUACAAUCAUAUCCCAGCUCAGCUGUCCUCUAUACAGAAUUUCCACGUUAGAAGUGUCUUGUGUUUUCAAGGGCGAAUUGUGGUGUUACAUCUAGUUAGGAAUAUGGGAACUCAAUUUGGUGUAAUUGACUUAAAGACCAACAAAUUUCUUGGUGUUUUUGGUAAACACACUGUGGAAUUUGUAAACGAAUCCCUUCGAGGGUCUAUUAGUCCAGAUGGCACCAAGUGCUUGGUAAAAACCCCUCUACCACCAAGUUCAGUCAGGGGGCCAGCUAGCUAUGUCUUACGGUUAUACAAUCUGAAAGGAAAUGGGUUCCCCAUGAUAUAUGAAGUACAGCUACAGUGCAGAGACUCUCACUUCAGUUUUGAUCCCAGGUUUCACUGGAAUCGCAUUGCAGUGACCAACUUUGAGCAAGGGACAGACAACAGCCUGAGCCUUGUACAUCUCGCCAGCAAUAAUCCAUGGGAGAUUAUUGCAACCAAUCACAAAGCAGAUGACACAAGGCCUUCACUUUAUCCUAACCUGAGAGAACUUUUGUACACACCAGAUGGCUCACUCAUUGUUACAAUGAUGACAGAAACCAUUUGCAAUUGCCAAGAAUUGAAAAGAACCCGUUUUCGUAAUUGUCAGCCAAUUAUGUGCAGUAUAUUUGUUUUUGAUGCCAAUACCACAGAUCCGCUUCAUUGUGUUCAGUAUCAUCGCUACACAUGCAGUCAACAUAUGUGCCCCUCUAAUUUCAUGCCGGUGUUCUCGGGGUGCGCAAGCAGAAUGGCAAUGGCAAUGAAUAUCCCAGAUCAACAUGCAAUAACUUAUGUCCAGGUUUAUAACUUGCCAAAGCCCUUAAACCUUCAGAGCCUGUGCCGUACUGUGAUCUUGCAGUGUUUUGCAGAAGAUGAAGUACUCCAGCUGCCACUUCCACAGCGACUGAUUCAGUUUUUGCAGUUUUAUCCAGAGUAUUGAGUCAAAUAUAUGGACAAAUGGAGACUUCCUUAGAAGUAGAAAAUAAAUUAAAAUAAUUGGAUUUCAAAUGCUUUGAAAUUUGUUUAAAAAUGAAUUUAACCUGCCCCAUGUCAUAUAUAUUACAAAGAGAUAUUAUUAUCUGCACAAGCAUUGAAAACUAUUUUUUGAUUUGUAAAAUUGUACACUACUGUAAAUUGUACUGACCAGUUUAGUGGUUACUGGAUCAUUUGUCAGUAUUGCUCAGAAUUCCAUUAGAAUGUACAAACAUUUUCAUCAACAGAGGAAUUGAAAUUUUGAACAACAUCUCUUACUGGGAAAUGCACUUCUCUGAGUGCUGUAUGGGAUGUAUCUGGAACAGUCAACAAACUUAACUUGGGAAUUUUAUAACUUAAAAAUUAUCCUCAAUGAUUUGGUAAAAUAUCACUCUCAGAGUCUGUACCAUUGCAUGGUAUUGUAACUCUGUAGGGUCUGUAGCUUGUGUGUCAUACCUGUGACAUUUUACUUCUGUACAGUAAAAGGUUUCAGAAGGAAUUAAUUUGUAGAAACUGGAGUUAAAUGGAAAGUUUAUAAUAUUGUUUACAUACCUUGGAUAAAGUUAAUUGAUUUUGAAUUAAUUAAAGAGGAUUCAUUUUGGUGCUAAACAAUUUUUUAAAAUUUCAUCUAUUUGUUGCAAUUUAAUUAGUAUUAUUAACAAGUCAAUUCCAUUUUACUUAUAACACACACAGGUGAAAGCGUUUUAUUAUGUCCUUUUAAGAUUAAAAUGUGAGAGUUAAGUUAGUGAAGGUACAAAUGCUAACUUAGUUUAUUAUUGUGCCAAUGAUCCAUAAGUAUUUCACCCACAGGGUGCCUGAAGAUAGUUGAACGAGAUCAUGAUAAAUCCUGCAAUUAGUAUAGGCCUAAAGGCUAACACAAGAUGGUCCUUAUACAUCUCUACUGAAGGUUUUGAUGCUUAAAAAAGUUAAAAGGAUUAUUGUCUCAGUAUUUAAGUUAUUGCUUAUGACUUUUCACUAAUAAAGUGAUCAGGAGAGAAUGAGGACCAAUUAAAUGUUUUUGAAAAAAAGCAGCCAUAGCAUGUAUCUUGGAUCCAUCUUAUGUAUGAUGGGUCUACCAGUAUAUAAGCUUACACAUAUAUUAUCACAGAAAGGUGUAUUGUUGUCAAAGGCAUGCUAAAGAACUUUUGUUGUCUUGAAAUUAUUAAGAAUUACUCUGAAUUAUUUUUGAAUAGAUAUAUGUUGCAAAAUAUUAAGGUUUAAGAAACUUAAAAAAAUCUGAAUUAAGUGAUAUAAAAGUGUUGUGUUUCAACUCUAGUUUAAUUUGUGCAUGUAAUAAUCCUUAAUGACAUCGGAAAUAUAUUGAUGCAGGUCACGUUGUAAAACAAGUUAUGUUUGCUUCACAGAGACAAACAUUUCAAAAAAUUUUUACGGAUAAUAUCAUUUAAAACAUACAAACUUUAAACAGGUUGAUGUUGUAUCACUUAAUUAUUCUAACUAAAUGAUAAAAAAUGAGACUGUUAUGAGAUAAUGGACAUAACUGAAAAAUGAGCAGGAAAUCAAAGCGUACCUUAGGAGGAAUUUCUGACAUUAAAUUUGUCUUCAUUUUUGAACUUGCUUUAUAGUCUGCAUACCUGAAAAGGUCUUCUGCAUUGCAGAGUGGAUGUAUGUUACAAUAGGAGAUCAUGUGUACUUUUAAAUAUGAAUAAGUAUUCUAAAAACGUUCUGUAAAAUAACUCUAAUGAGGGUUUAACUGCUUAGUAUUCUUCAUUUGCCACACAAUAAAUAGUACCCAGCAGUACAAAAUGCUUUCUUAUUUUUUAAUCAUUCACAAUUUUUCUUUGUUUGAUAAUUAUAUUUUUGACAACACAUAGCCAGAAGUAAUUUU